AUGGCCUCAGAAAAUGGAGAUAAAGUAGAGCUUGGUUUCAAUAUUGUUGUUCCUGAAACAAAGCCAAACAAGGAUUGGGUCCUUUUGUCCCUUAGGGUGGUAGCAUUUUUUGCCACUGCAUCUGCAACACUUGUGAUGGCACUCAACAAAGAGACCAAAAGCUUAAUAGUUGCCACUAUUGGUAGCACCCCAGUAACAGCUACUCUUAAUGCAAAGUUUAACCAAUCUCCAGCUUUUGUGUUCUUUGUGAUAGCCAAUGGAAAUGCAAGUAUCCAUAACUUGAUGAUGAUAGCAGUGGAUAUAUUAGUACCCCAAUAUGAUUACAAAGGACUCCGGUUUGCAUUGAUUGCAAUAUUAGACAUGAUGACUAUGGCUCUGGCAUCGGCUGGAGAUGGUGCGGCAACAUUCAUUUCAGAAUUGGGAAGGAAUGGUAAUUCGCAUGCAAGGUGGGAUAAGAUAUGUGACAAAUUCGAAACCUAUUGCAACCGAGGUGGUGCUGCCCUCAUUACCUCUUUCAUUGGCUUCAUUCUUCUCUUGAUUAUUACAGUGAUGUCCAUAAUCAAGUUGCUCAAGCCAAAUCGUAUUAACCAUGCUCCUUGA